CGAGUUCGUACGCGCCGUGUUUAAAUUUAGAAUUGCCGCUCGAAUACGAGACGCCGGGAAAUGUUAAAUUUUUGGGCGUCAUCCGUUUCUUGUGUAUUUAUGUUCACGUAAUCAGUGUUGUGACUUAUGUGACGGACAGGCCGGGACCGAAAGGUGGGCAGGCCGAGCCGGCGACAUGGGCAACUCGUGCAGCUCGGGGCAGGCCCAUAAGGAUAAGGACAAUUUGUCACAACAUUCAGAAGAGUCCCCCUCUUACCGAGUCACGAAGCCGUCGGUGGACGCGAGCGCCGAGCAAGCACCGCAGCCGGCGCACCACCUGCUCGAGCCGACGCCCUCCAUCAAGGACAAGAAGCCGCUCAAGGGGCCCAGACCCGUUGGAUCCAGCGUCUCCGAUUCCAUCUCGCUGUCGUCUCCGGUGGCGUGCGCGUCCCCUCGCGAAGAUGUUGAGGGUCCACCUAUGCCAGCCAACGUGGCCACACUGCCAGAUGAACACCGGUCGUAUCUACUCGGUCGGCUGCCCAGCCAGCGAGCCAGGAGACGGCGAGCUAUGAUUAUCUACGUCUGUGCCGCUGACUCACAAGAUUGCUGUGCGGAAAAAGGCGCGCUUCAGUGCGGCGCCGCAGCACGUUUGCGGGUCCGGGCUAGGCGGCGCGGCUGGAGAAUACACGUCGCUGAUUUACACUGGAGAUCACCACUCGAGCAGCAGCGAGACCAUCGCUUCCCCGUGCUCUGUAUAGCGGAGCUUGCUCGUCAGUCGGAGCUCGGUGCAGUAGUGCCCAUCCUGUUUCUGAACUCCGGAUUAGGGACGCCACUUCUGCCCCACACCCUGGAAUGCGCGGACUUCAAAGCGGCUCUCGAAGCCGCUGAAGAUGAAAAUGACAAGUCACUUUUGAAUAAAUGGUAUAGUUUAGAUGCUAGUACAACUCCACCGUGUUAUCGGCUGGUGAGGGGUGCUCCAGCGAGAUGGCGCCGCGAGAUGGCCAAGACUCUGAACGUCCUCGUCAGGACUCUGCCGCAGGAGGCUUGCGAUGCAUAUCUCACUACUGUAGUAGAACAGGAGGUGCAGCACAGCGUGCUGCUGAGCGUGGAGGCGGCGCGGCGCUGCGUGUGGGUGUGCCGCGCGGGCUCCGGCGCGGGCUCGGGCUCCGACGCCGCCCCCGACGCCGCCGACGCCUCCGCCGCGCACCACCACGAGCUGCAGCGCCGCCUCAACAACCUGCAGAAGGACCUCAAGCUGCACCUUAGCGAGAGGAACAUAAUACGUGCGAGUAUCCGCGGCCGGUCAGCGCCCGGCGGCGAGGACGAGUACACUGAGGGCGUGCGGUCAGCACUCGGAGAGCGGCUCGACGCGCUGCUCGACGCACUCAUAGCGGACAACGAUGUCCCGGCUGGAUACAACGGCAUACCCACCAGUUUGUUCGAUGAAAUCAACGAGCACCUAUCGUUUUGUCAGAAAGCAGCGCAAUGCACUUCCAACAGAGAGAUUACACUGAACGAGCUCAAAACAUACAUGACGGGAGACAGCAACGUGCCGCUGGCGCUGAUCGGGGGCGCGGGCUGCGGGAAGGCCACGCUGGUGGCGCGCGCGGCCAGCCUCGCGCCCGCCUGCCAGCAGGACCUCGCGCUCAUCAUCAGGUCAGUAGGGUACAACGUGGUACAUACGUGUCGGGGCGCGGGCUGCGGGAAGGCCACGCUGGUGGCGCGCGCGGCCAGCCUCGCGCCCGCCUGCCAGCAGGACCUCGCGCUCAUCAUCAGAUUCGUGGGUCUCACUUCACAGUCAAGCAGCUCACAUCUAUUGUUGAAAUCUAUUGUGGACCAAUGUAAUGUGCUGCAUGCAGGCACUGUCUACCGGGGACGUAAUGAUGUACCAUCUUUAUCAGCUGCCCUGACUCGAUUACUAUCGGCGUUAGGGAGAGCACGACCAGUUUUAUUAGCAGUAGUAGGAGCAGAUGCUUUGAGAGGCGCGCGCUGGCUGCCUUCACGAUUACCUGAUAAUGUUAAGAUGAUUGUCACAGUUACUGAAGAAACAGAUGAGCCAUCAAGCUCAGCGAUCAUGGCAGUGCUGUCUUCUGAAGAUGGACCAAAAGUUGUUCGAGCUCCUCCCGUAGGACCGGAAGAGGCUAAAGCAGUUCUUGUGGCUUGUGCGGCGACUUACAGUAAGACAGGAGCUGCCUCACCGCCUGAAGCUGCGGUGAAAGCUGUGCAAAAGUGCACCUUACCACUUUAUGCUAAGAUAUUAGCAUGGCAGAUAUCACUGUCAGCCGAGACCUUCACUGAGCAGUCUGAACCAGAAACAGCACCAGAACUGGUCAUCUGCGAAGACCUGGAAGGCCAACUGACUCAAAUCCUGAUAACGACAGAAGCAGCUCUUGGAGCGGAGAGAGUGAAGAAUUGUUUAGCGUUACUGACUGCUUCCCGGAGAGGUUUAGAUGAUACAGAAAUAUUGGACAUGCUGGCACAUGACGAACUGUUCAGAAGCGAAGAGACUUAUUUGCCGUGGGCGCCGGCGUCCCUGUUCUGGCCGCAGCUGGCGGCGCUGCUGGCGCCCUGGCUGCGGUGGGCGGCCGGCGGCGCCGCGCGCUGGAGGGACCAGGCGCUCGCACAGCACGCGCGCGACAGAUACCUCGCAGACAACGAGCCGCGCGUGCGGCGCGCGCUGCUGCACUACUACCAGGUACCACGCACAGCACGCGCGCGACAGAUACCUCGCAGACAACGAGCCGCGCGUGCGGCGCGCGCUGCUGCACUACUACCAGGUACCACGCACAGCACGCGCGCGACAGAUACCUCGCAGACAACGAGCCGCGCGUGCGCGCGCGCUGCUGCACUACUACUACCAGGUACCACGCACAGCACGCGCGCGACAGAUACCUCGCAGACAACGAGCCGCGCGUGCGGCGCGCGCUGCUGCACUACUACCAGGUACCACGCACAGCACGCGCGCGACAGAUACCUCGCAGACAACGAGCCGCGCGUGCGGCGCGCGCUGCUGCACUACUACCAGGUACCACGCACAGCACGCGCGCUGCUGCACUACUACCAGGUACCACGCACAGCACGCGCGCUGCUGCACUACUACCAGGUACCACGCACAGCACGCGCGCUGCUGCACUACUACCAGGUACCACGCACAGCACGCGCGCUGCUGCACUACUACCAGGUACCACGCACAGCUCGCGCGCUGCUGCACUACUACCAGGUACCACGCACAGCACGCGCGCUGCUGCACUACUACCAGGGUGAUUGGUACGAAGAAAAUGAUCCUAAAAUGGCGGGACGACUAAUAUCGCAAGAAAAUAAAUUUUCUGAAGAAUGUUUUAAUACACGGAAACUGGACGAGAUACCGUACCAACAUUAUCAUCUGUACAAAGACGAACCAAACACAUUCGCCAACCAACCUUACUUCACCGACCUCUCCUAUGUAUACGACAAACUAGCUGCCACAGACUGCAGCCACUUCCUCGAAGAUCUUGACUUGGUCCACAUAGACCCUCAGCCGGAACAUAUACAGAUACUCAAAGAGGUGUUUGAGAUACACUCAUACGCUCUAGACUAUGACCAUAGACAAUUUUACGGCCUUUUACGAACAACAAUGGAGAAAAGACAACGCGAUGGGAUACCGAUUAAAAGUGAGAUUGUAGAGAAUUGGUCGAAGGAGAUAUGGGAGCCGCCUGUACCUACUUUCUAUGCGGCAAACGAGGAUUUCUACAAGGUUGUGGAGAAUAAAGAAAAAAGGGACGUGUCUAUGGUCGAAGGAUUUGAUAGUAAGACGUACGAUUUGAUCGUACGGUUUGAUACGAGAGGAAAAUUUGUGGCGACCGUUUCUACGGAAAGAGAAGAGAUAUGCGUUUGGGAUGUUACUAAAUGUCAACUGGUGAGAAAGCUGGUUGGUGUAACACAUCCUAUAAACUUGGUGCCUAUAGACGAGUAUAGGUGUGUGGUACUAUGUCGCAGGGAACUGAGGGUCUACGAUUUAGAUCAUGGCAAAUUCUUAGUGGCGUUGAAGGGAGUUAUGAACCAAAAGAUGCCGUACUACGGACUCCAUGAUAGCAAGCACUUGGUGGCACUCUCUAGAAAUAGGAUGUAUGUCAAUUUAAUGAAUAUUGAAAGCGGCGAUUGUGUAACGACGUUCAAAGCGGGAGAAGACAGAUUUCUUAACUCCCUACUCGUUUCUGGUGAUGGAAGAAUCUUAGUAUGCGGGGACGAGACUCAGAAACCGUUUCCAUUGCUGGUUUGGUCACUGGCGUCCCGGAAGUUGCUCUACGACUUACGGAUACCACAUCACGACUUCAUCACAUCCAAAGCUGCUAUUACUUAUGAAGGUUCGUACGUUUGCGUGGUGUCCAGAGAGCUCGACGAACCCAGUCCAAAUUUCAUCGUAGUGUAUGAUCUACAAUCGGGGACACUGUUCAAGAAGUGGAAGCCAGGAUGUGACACCGUGGCGCUGGCUAUCAGCUCCGUGGAUGGAUGCGUGGUAUCCGGCCUCGCAGAUACUAGAAUACUAGUAUGGGACUUGGUUACUGGUAACUGCCGGCUGACGUUGCGCGGGCACGUGUCUGCGCCGUCGCUACUGCGGUUGGCCAAGUCCGGCGGAGUACUCAUGUCCGCAGACCGCGCCGGCCGGGACCCCUCAGUGCGGCUGUGGGACCUCCACGCGGGCAAAUUAAUAGCUGUAUACACACCUCCGGAGCGCAUCACGUCUUGCGAGGUGUUAUUAGGCGGGUCAGUGCUGGCCAUCGCGCUGGAGAACUUCAAGGAAAUACUGUGCGUCAAGUUGGAAGGCCCACUGGUGGAGUCAGUAAGAGCUGGCAGGGAGGGUGAGUACGAUGACAAAGGAUACGGCGAUGAAAGCGGCGAGGGGAAAACGUUCUCUGUUAGAGGAAGCGAGGGAUGCUGAUAGUAACUUUAACUUAACAAAUAUCAUUUCAAUAGGACCGUGAUUACGUUUAGACUACUUGGA